AUGCAGAGAGAUGGGACGACAUCGGGGAAGGAGCAAUCCCGUGUCAAUGCAUCGUCCGUUCUUCCCCCCAAGUUUCCCCCUGCGUCAGCCAAAGCGCUGGUUCAUCCAAUGGGGGUGCUUCAGGCCUCCAUCUCUCUCGCUGCCCUCACUGCCCUGGCGGCCACCGUCGAGGCUCAGAACUACCUUGGCUUCAACUCCGGUGCCACCAAGGCCGACCGUUCCGCCAAGUUCAAGGCCGACUUCGAGGCCGAGUUCAAGACUGCUCAGGGCCUCGUCGGUGCCCCCGGCGACUUCAACGCUGUCCGCCUCUACACCAACAUCCAGGCCUACUCCACCCAGGACCCCAUUGAGGCUUUCGAGGCUGCCAUUGAGACCAAGACCUACAUCCUUCUCGGUAUCUGGACUUCCGGCACCGAUAACAUUGACAAGGAGAUCAACGCUCUGAAGACCGCCGUCACUAAGUACGGCACCAAGCUCACCGACCUCAUCAUCGGUGCCUCCAUCGGUUCCGAGGACCUGUACCGCAACUCCGUCGCCGGUGUCAAGAACAAGUCUGGUGUCGGUGCCGACCCCAAGACCCUCGUCGACUUCAUCGACGACUUCAAGACCGCCUUCAAGGACACCCCUCUGUCCAAGGUCUCCAUCGGCCACGUCGACACCUGGGACGUCUGGGGAAACUCCACCAACAAGCCCGUCCUCGACGCCGUUGACUGGGUCGGUGUUGACGAGUACCCCUACUACGAGAACGACAAGGGCAACACCAUCGACAACGCUGGCAGCCUUUUCGACAAGGCCUACGAGGCCACCGUCGCCACCGCUGGCGGCAAGCCCGUCUGGGUCACCGAGACCGGCUGGCCCGUCACCGGCGAGACUUGGGAUGAGGCCGUCCCCAGCGCCAAGAACGCCCAGAAGUACUGGCAGGAGGUCGGUUGCCGCAAGCUCUUCAACAAGGUCCCCACCUUCUGGUACAACCUUCGCGACUCCAACCCCGACAACUCCAUGAAGUUCGCCAUCACCAAGGACCUGUCCACCACCCCUCUGUUCAACCUCACCUGCCCCACCACCUUCGACACCCCCUCCAGCACCAAGACCGCCUCUGCCUCCGGCACUGCCACCGCUAAGCCCAGCAGCUCCUCUGGCGCCAGCUCCGGCUCUGGCUCUGGCUCUGACUCUGGCUCUGGCUCUGGCUCUGGCUCUGGCUCUGGCUCUGGCUCUGGCUCUGGCUCUGGCUCUGGCUCUGGCUCCGGCAACAGCACCAGCGGCGGUUCCGGUUCCGGCUCUGGAAGCGGCUCUGGCAGCGGUUCUAACUCGACCGUCUCCACCGCCUCUCCCUCUGCCACCUCCGGCUCCGGCUCCGGCUCCGGCUCCUCCGGCAGCGGAUCCGGCUCUGGAUCCAGCGCCAGCAGCACGCCCUCCGCGGUUGCUGGCUCUGGUGCCGCCGGCCUCCAGGUCUUCACCACCGGUGCUCUGGCCGUCGUUGCCGGCGCUUUCGCCCUCCUCUACUAAGAGACUCGAGGAGUAGUGCACUCACUCGUCUUGUGGUCAAAUUUUUCUAGCGCAUUGGCAAGGUGUCUUUUGAUUCCCCCUUCUGGACAUGUGUUUUUUUCGGUAUCAUAAUCAUGGAUAGAUCGAGGAUAGACUGAAGGAGAAAAAAAUGUGAUUAAUCCAUACACUCAUUAAAAUUGUACAAAUGGACCCUGCGGU